AAUAGACAGCAAAAUUUAAAAGCCAAACAAAUUACAAGGCAGGAAACACUGCAAAGUAAAAAUGAAUAAAAUGGAAAACAAGCCAAAAGAACAGCUCAACAAAGCCCCAUCUUGGUAUUUGAAAAAGACUAAUUAAAUUAAUUCAAACAGACCCCUGGGCAAGAUUGCUUUUUAAAAAGUUACCAAGAAUCAUGGGGGCAGUGGGACAAAACUACUGACAGGAAAGACCGCAGAGGGUUUUGUGAAAACCCACAUCUCACAAGUUAUAUGAAAUGGACACUUUUCUGGAAAAUUCCAAUAUACCACAAUGGAGCGAGUGACUUGGGGAGGUAAUGGUCAUUAAGGAGACAGGAUGAUGUUCACACCCUUCCCAGCAAGUCCAGCCCGGCCCCUGACAACCACCCCUGACAGAGACAGCUCUGCCAACAGGUCUCACAAAAUGCCACAGAGACCACCAGUUGGAGGCAAAGCCUGACUGGGGAGCCAAUCCGUGUGGUGGCCCCGGGACCCUGCGGCCAGAGUCUGAGAAAUGCGCACAGGUGGUCCCUAGCCUGUCUCAUCAAGAACACAAAUACAGGUGCAAACAGUUCUGCAGGAGAUACCAGCAAACCCAACCCUGCAAUGUCAAACAUGGAGAAUGUCCGAACUAAGUUGGGAUCAUCCUGCAAGUGAAAGCUUGGUUUGAUACUGAAAAGCCAAAAAAAAAAAAAAAACAACAUUAACAUUCACUACAUGAACAGAUUAGAGGAAAAAAAGCUCUAAGCCAUAUGUCUACUCCUUUAGAGUUUUUAAUCUAGGAACCUUGUUAAAACUCACCAGACGGAGAUUAAAUGUUCCAGAAAUUUAAACACCUAGCAUGAUAGGACCUUUUCCCAGACUAGGCAUAAAAGGGAACUUUCUCACCUUGCUAAGCAGCCCCUGUUAAAAACUCCACAAACAUCAUAUACUGUAGGGAAAGGUUGAAAUAAUCCUAUUUCAACAACCAGGAGCAAGAAAAGAGGGCCUGUCUUUGGCUCUUUACUCAACGCCCCACCAGAAGCCCCGCCAGCGGCAGGCAGAGAACAAGACACAUGACAAGGUGGGAAGGAAGUGUCACGCAGGCCUGGUCUCUAGCUGACCACCUGUCCAUUUAAAGAAAGAAAACCACUUGAAACUAAGCUUUAUGCAAAUUAUUACAAUUAAUGAGAUUUUAGGUUUGAAAAAGUUAGUAGAUGGCAGUAGAAACAGAUUUCUUAGAUAGGACACAGAGUGCAGUAACUGGAAAAAUGAAUGAAUGAAGGCUUGAGCAAAAUUAGAAACUCCUGGUCAUCAUAAUACACUAUUAAGAAGAUGAAUUGGGAAAAAAAACACAAGAUGAAUAGACAAGCCACAGACUGGGAGAAAACAUUCACCACAUGUAGUAUCUAGAAUAUAUAACCCACUCCCCUCAAUAUCAUGAAAUGUGUUAAAUGCCACCGGUUAGUACACUUGAACAUGGUUAAAAAGGUCAAUUAAAAAGAAAAAAACCCACUCUACAACAAAACAGAAAAAGAAUUCAAGAUCGGUAAAGGCUUGACCACAUACUUCACAACAAGAUGAAUCGAUGGUUACUAAACACACAAGAAAAUGUUCAAGAUGACCAGCUGUCACAAAAAUACAAAUUAAACCACAGUGAGAUCCAGCUUGACCCUCACCAGGAAGGUUGUAAUCUGAAAAAAACUAACCCCAUCUGGUGUUGGAGGUGGUGUGGAGCAAACACUUGCACCAAGGUUCACAGCAGCCAUAAUUCCCAAUAGCCCUGAGCUGGGACACAGUGAAAGGCCAUCAACAGGGAAUGGACAAGCUGGAUAUCCACAUAGUGGGAUACCAACUCAGCAAUACCAAGGGAUGAGCCAGGGGGAUACCCUGGUGGUCCAGUGGUUAGGACUCCACCACACGGGGUUGCGGGUUCGAUCCCUGGUCGGGGAACUAAGAUCCUGCAAGCUGCGCAGGAGACAAGAACAAAGAUUACAAACCAAGAAAAAAGGGAUGAGCCAGUGACCUACACAGCACAAGUGAUUCUCAGAACCAGAAUGCUGGACACACAAGACUCAACACCCUGAGUCCAUUUAAGGGAAGCUUUAGAAAAGGCAAAACAGAGCCACAGUGACAGAAGUGAGUCCAGAGCAGGAAGUGGACUGGCUGGAGAGAUGGAAACAUUUUCUCUGGUUAUAAAGGUCGGAACUGAUUGGAGAGAAAAGAUGUCUUUUGAUGUAUGUGAAUGUUGCCUACAAAUAAAAAGACUGAAAAGAAGAACUGAGCAGAUGGCGGCCCUGGCCGCGUAUCACACUUGCUGUUGACUGUGUGAAACUUUCCAAGAUAACGGCAAGUGUGUGAAGACACAGCAACUGUGAGCAACAAUGUGGUCAUCCCACGAAGUCACCCAGUCCCUCUCUCCAGGCUGGUUUAGCUGCCAUAGCUGCGGCCACCUGUUUGCUUUUGGUGACCUGACAAAAGAAUUCUCCACUCUGGGUGGAAGAGGUGGCGAGCCUGAGCAUGGCCUGGGUGCAGAGCAGACACCCUUUCAUGCCCCCUGCCCUGUCAUCAGUGAGGGCUGCUGGGAAGAGCUGCUAAAUUCACCCCGGGCAGGAAAACCACCUCCAGGGGUGAGGACCUGAGGCUUCAGGGCAAAAUGACCCUUUAGGAGUCACGUCAGCACUGGACGCGGUAACAUCUGUGGACUGUUGCAGAGAGGAGCUCCAGGACCAGAACCGAUUGCAACCUGUACCCCUAGAUGGGCCGUGAGGAAAGUACUCGGGGAGCUACCAGGUGGGCCAGUCCCCCUCCGGCUGGGGGCGAGGACAGGCCACUUUUGAGGUUUGCACGCUCAGUCCCCGUUUGUGGCUUCACCCUCUUGUCUCCUGGGCCAAGCUGGCACCUGCAUGUGGAUGAGUCCACAUGUUUGCUCCAGUCCAGGUCUUGGCUAGUGCCCAGCCCACAUGGGCCAGUAUCUCUCCACCACCUCUGGACUCCAGCAGAACCUGGAGUGCUCCAGUGGGUGGUUCCCAAACCAGGGUGCCCUGUGUCGCAGCCCCUGCCCCCUGUCUGCCAGCCGCUCAAAACUGAUUGCCAAGGGCUCUGGAGCAGGGCCCCCUCCUGCCGGCCACCUUCCCUGGGAAGCCUGGAGACAGCAGCACCUCAAGGCCCUGACGUGUUGGAUGAGCAGGCCCCCCUGGAAGAGUCCACUGUGUGAGAUGGUGCAGCCGAGUGGUGGCCCAGCAGGGGACCAGGACAUGCUGGGUGAAGAGUCUUCUCUGGGGAAGCCAGCCAUGCUCCACGUGCCUUCAGAGCAGGGCACCCCUGAGACCUUCCAGCGCUGUCUGGAGGAGAAUCAAGAGCUCCGAGACGCCAUCCGCCAGAGCAACCAGAUGCUGCGCGAGCGCUGUGAGGAGCUGCAACGUUUCCAGGGCAACCAGAGGGAGGAGAAGGCCUUCCUCAUGCAGAAGUUCCAGGAGGCCCGGGACUUGGUGGUGAGGCUGAGCCUGGAGAAACGUGAACUGCGCCAGCAGAGGGAGCAGGCCCUGCAGGAGGUGGAGUGUCUGAAGACGUGCCAGCAGCAGAUGGCUGAGGACAAGGCCUCAGUGAAAGCCCAGGUGACAUCCUUGCUGGGGGAGCUGCAGGAGAGCCAGAGUCGCUUGGAGGCUGCCACUAAGGAGCGCCAGGCUUUGGAGAGCAGGGCACGGGUGGCCAGCGAGCAGGCCCGGCAGCUGGAGAGUGAGCGGGAGGCCCUGCAACAGAGGCACAGUGUGCAGGUGGACCAGCUGCGUCUGCAGAACCAGAACAUGGAGGCUGCCCUGCGCAUGGAGCGCCAGGCCGCCUCGGAGGAGAAGCGGAAGCUGGCCCAGCUACAGGUGGCCUAUCACCAGCUCUUCCAAGAGUAUGACAACCACAUCAAGAGCAGCAUGGUGAGCAGUGAGCGGAACCGAGGACUGCAGCUGGAAGAUCUCAAGCAGCAGCUCCAGCAGGCCGAGGAGGCCCUGGUAGCCAAACAGGAAGUGAUCGACAAGCUGAAGGAGGAGGCGGAACAGCACAAGAUCGUGAUGGAGACUGUCCCAGUGCUAAAAGCCCAGGCGGAUAUCUACAAGGCGGACUUCCAGGCCGAGAGGCAGGCCCGGGAGAAGCUGGCUGAGAAGAAGGAAUUCCUACAAGAACAGCUGGAGCAGCUGCAGAGGGAAUACAGCAGGCUGAAGACCAGCUGUCAGGAGUCAGCCAGGAUUGAAGACAUGAGGAAACGGCACGUUGAGGUCUCCCAGCCCCCCUUAGCCCCUGCCCCAGCUCAUCACUCCUUUCACCUGGCCCUGCCCAGCCAGAGGAGAAGCCCCCCUGAGGAGCCGCCCAACUUCUGCUGCCCCAAGUGUCAGUAUCAGGCUCCUGACAUGGACACCCUGCAGAUACACGUCAUGGAGUGCAUCGAGUAGGGCUGCAGGCUGCCAGGCAGCCCAGGACUGUGCUCUCUGCUGCUUUCCUCUCCUGUCUGCCUGGGCCUGAACUAGGGGCAGCUGACACAGAGUGGGCGCCCUCUCUGAGCCCCAAGACCUAGCCACAGGGCCCCAUGCUUCUACACCCUCAUCCACAGGUUCACCUCUCUUAGGGCAACACGGAGCCCCAGCAUGGCCCACCACUGUGCCCUUUUGAUUCGUUCUGCCUGCCUGAGCUGCUUGGCUCUGGGGUUCACACUUUUUCCACCUUUGCUGGGAAGGUCACAAGCCACAGCUGGAGCUCCUGGACACCGGCUUCCCAGGCUGAGGUGGGCAGAGCCUUCCUCCCAGCCACCUGGCACAGUGCCCGGGGCGCAGGUCUUGUAAGCUGGGUGCUGUUCCCUUGGCAGCUGCAGCACAUGGGACUGACACUGUCUGCUUCUAAUGGACGUCGGGGUCGCCGUGGUACAAAAUCCUUGUGCAUCUCUCAUACGUACCUUGGGUUGGAUCCUUCGAAGCAGCACCAUUGAGUAUCCACUGGGGCUAGACAGCGGUGGGGCCCCUACCCUGGUGUGCCUUCCUGCUCUCCCCACAGCUCUGCCAUGAAUGAUGGGUGUCCAUGUGCCCCCCAACCAGGUGAGCUCCUCUCUGUUAAGAGUGAGCUUGACUUAUCUCUUCAGAGCUUGAAGGGUCCUUUUCAGUUCUGGUAUAAAUGGCCUGCUUGGAUUUUUUUACAUA